CUUUUCUUCUUCUUGGUGCAUCUUGUCAAGGUUUGCGCUGCGCCCCAACGCGCGCACGUGUAAAGCAAAGCGCUCAGCAGUCAGUCAACGCGGCACAGCUCCUCCUUUUCAAUGUUCUUGUAGAUGACCCAUACGCAUAUUUCGCGAUUCGCGCGCGUGGCAGGGAUGCCGCACACGGACGCCGCCGCGCAUCAUCCAUGAAGAACCUCCGCGCCGCGUCCUAACACCCCUUAAACCCACCCGAGAAGCACAAGUUCCUUCCAGAACCUUAACCUCCCUGUGAGACGCCUACCAGGCUCCUGUACUCGCCUCACCCACUAAUCCAGACACCUCUCGGAGCGAGCUCCCACGUGUGCGCCCAGUCAUGCCAAACAACACCAGAGUAACCCAGCUGGAGAACAGCAGCGAACCGGUCACUGAGUCCGUGGCGGACCUGCUGUCUUUGGAGCAUCCUAUGGACUACAAGAGCAGUCAGAUGAGUAUGGGGCUCAGUCCGGGCUCCACUGCACCAGGAAGAGCCCUGCUGCCCUCUCCAGACCCUGACGCUGAGGACGGGAGGCCGGCCUGGAAUAAUAAACUGGAGUACAUCCUGGCACAGGUUGGCUUCUCAGUGGGCCUAGGGAAUGUCUGGAGGUUUCCAUACCUGUGCCAGAAGAAUGGUGGAGGUGCCUAUCUGGUGCCUUACUUCAUCCUCCUGCUCCUUAUCGGAAUCCCAUUGUUCUUCCUGGAGCUUGCGGUGGGUCAGAGGAUCCGACGCGGCAGUAUUGGCGUGUGGAACUACGUGUACCCCAGACUGGGAGGCAUUGGGGUUUCUAGUCUGAUGGUUUGCGGCUUCGUGGGCCUCUACUACAACGUGAUCAUUGGAUGGAGCAUCUUCUACUUUUUUCAGUCUUUCCAGUACCCGCUCCCAUGGGCCGAAUGCCCGGUCCACAUCAACGGAACCCAAGCCAUCGUGGAGCCAGAGUGCGAGAAGAGUUCAGCCACAACUUACUUUUGGUACCGUCAGACGCUGAACAUCACCAGCAGCAUCGAUGACACAGGGGGCCUUAACUGGAAGAUGACUCUCUCCCUGCUGGUAGCUUGGAUCUUGGUGUGCUUGGCUGUAAUCAAAGGCAUCCAGUCAUCUGGGAAGGUGAUGUACUUCAGCUCUCUCUUUCCAUAUGUGGUGCUCUUCUGCUUCCUGGUGAGAGGUUUGUUGCUGAGGGGCGCGGUGGAUGGCAUCGCACACAUGUUCACACCCAAGCUGGAGAAAAUGCUAGAGCCGCAGGUGUGGCGAGAAGCGGCUACACAGGUCUUCUUUGCACUGGGCCUCGGAUUCGGCGGGGUCAUCGCUUUCUCCAGCUACAACAAGCGGGACAACAACUGCCACUUUGAUGCUGCGCUUGUCUCCAUCAUCAACUUCGUCACGUCCAUCCUGGCCACGUUGGUGGUGUUUGCCGUCCUGGGCUUCAAGGCGAACAUCAUGAACGAGAAGUGUGUCGUGGAUAAUGCAGAAAAGAUCCUGGUGUACCUCAAUACCAGCAUACUGAGCAAAGAACUCAUCCCUCCUCACGUCAACUUCUCACACCUGACCACUCAAGACUACAUGGAAAUGUAUGGUGUCAUUAAGACAGUCAAGGAGGACAACUUUGCCCAGCUUGGCCUUGAUCCUUGUAUUCUUGAGGAUGAACUCAACAAGGCCGUGCAGGGUACCGGUCUGGCUUUCAUAGCCUUCACAGAAGCUAUGACGCACUUCCCGGCCAGCCCUUUCUGGUCCGUCAUGUUCUUCUUCAUGCUCAUUAACUUAGGCCUGGGAAGCAUGAUCGGCACUAUGACAGGCAUCACCACGCCCAUUCUUGAUGCAUUCAAGAUUCGCAAAGAGAUCCUAUGCGUGGUUUGCUGUAUUAUAGCCUUCCUGUUGGGUCUGCUGUUUGUGCAGCGCUCAGGGAACUACUUUGUCACCAUGUUUGAUGACUAUUCUGCGGGCUUACCACUUACGGUGGUGGUGAUACUGGAGAACAUCUCUGUGGCCUGGAUAUAUGGAACCAAAAGGUUUAUGCAGGACCUGGAGGACAUGCUGGGCUUCCGGCCAUACUCAUUCUAUUACUACAUGUGGAGGUACGUGUCACCAGCCGUACUGGUGGUACUGAUCGUGGCCACUGUCAUCGAGAUGGCCGUCAGUCCUGCAGGAUACAACGCCUGGGUGGAGGCCGAGGGCUCCGAGCGUUUCCAUAGCUACCCUCCUUGGGCUUUAGCCAUGGCAUAUUCUCUUAUUGUGGUAGCCAUGUUGCCAUUGCCUGUGGUGUUUGUGGCCCGUCACUUUAACCUGCUGUCGGACGGUUCCAACAAACUGUCUGUGUCUUAUCGAAAGGGCAUGAUUAAGGACAUGUCCAACCUGGAGGACCAGGAUGAGCAGCGCUUUAUUCUCGGCAAGAAUCCCCGCCAGGCCCCCUCCCCCGCACCCUCCCACCGUCCGUACUUGGGGCCCGGCGGCACGCAGGAGAUGACCAAUACCAACUAUGGCACCAGCACUAAAACGGGUUACCAGAAUAUCGGCUCACCGGAAUCUGAACUAUAAAAGGCCAAGCUUGUAGUUCAGAAUCUAGUUUCAUUUUAUUAUUUUUUUCUUCAUCCCAACUUUACCCAUCUGGUGGCUCAGGUCCAGGUACUAAAUAUCCAUUGAUCAAUGGCUUUAUUUUCAGAAUAGAAAUAAGAACUAAAGCUGAAAGCAGCAGCGAAUGGGCCCCCCACACACUCUUCGGCAUGACCAAUCCUACAAAUUAUGACCUAUUCAAUUCAAUUCAAUUCAAUUUUAUUUGUAUAGCCCUGGAUCACAACAGCAACGACCUAGGCCCAAAAGAUGCUGUGUUCCCACCCUCUAGGAUAUCUGCACCAGAAUGAAGCUCAUUUUAUCAAUCAAGAAUACACACAUGUUCAGUUCAUGUGCUGACCCCAAUAGAAUAUCAUCACUCUCUCAAAAUAAUUGCACAAGUCAUUGUUUUUUCAAAAUUGUUCGUAAAUAUCAGAAAUUCAUCAAAUAGUCAUUUUUUUGUUCCCUAAAUGAUAAAGAAAAGACUUAAGUGACUGUUUUAAGAAAGUGUCGACAUGUAACAAUAAUUUGGAAACGAGCACAAUACUCAUAAUGCAUUAAAUUUUUAUAGUCAACAUUGGCAAUUUAGUAAAAUAGAUAAAUAAAAAUAAAACACAUUCCCAGAAAAGAAGAGCAACCAAUCACCGCAGAGGACAGAGCAUAGUUUUGAUCUUUAAUGUUUUAAUCUAAACUCUCUUUCACUUUUCUCAUUAUUUAUAGAAUACAUAAAAAGGGACAGUUGAGAUGAAAUGCAUUAUUUGAAUAAUAAAACAUUAAACUUAAGGCAAUUCAACUUAAGCAUCAUACACUUCGUUCAAUAUGACAAAACAGAAAGUUCAAAACAAAAACAAUUAUGAUUCAAAAAUAAGGGCUCGAGUUUCAUGCUGUGUUUAAAUGCCAAGGAAUAAAAAUGAGCUAAAAGUUCAUUCCAUAGUUUGCCACAUCUCCUCUGAGAUGGAGCACAGGAAUGUAGGGAAGGAGCAACUCAGACCGGUAAGGCGUGUAUGACCAUUUUGAGAUUUGAAAAGGAAUAGCAAAAUCUUAAAAUGAACUUUCGACUGCACAGGUGGAAGGAAGCCAGAGUAAUAUCUGCUCCCGCUUGCGUGUUACAGUCAAGAGGCGAGCGGCAGCAUUUUGAUGAAGGUUGAGAAGCUGUCAAAAAGGCACACCGUGAGUGUAAAAACAAUAAUAUAAAGUAUUAUUAUUAUCUUUGUGCUAAACUAAGCCACACAUUUGUAUUAGAUGUUAAAUCAUGCUAUGCUAUUGUUAACAAAAGUGUUUUUUUUCCCUUUUAAUUCAUUAAAAAAAAAAAAAAAAAAAUACCAAUGGCUUUUCAAAAUGUUAGGCACACCCGCACUAUAGUUUACAAGGUAAAAAUGUAAAUAUUUUGACCCUCUCUCUCUCUCAUGGUUUUGAAGCUUACAAAAAUAUUAGGAACAGCACAAUUAAUAACCAAAUAGGACACAAAAAAAUGGUAAUGAUAUUAAUUAGGGUCAAAGGUCAAAGGUCAGUUGUACAUAAAAAUCUAAUGUGUGUUUUACAAGCACAUUCUCCUUUGUGCAAACAUAUCAUUUGUGCAUCUGUCCACCUUAUAGGAGACAUACUAUAUUUAACUUUUUUUUUCCACAAUGUGAAACCGCUCCCGGAUCAAUAAUUAUAGAAACAAUAUUGUGCUGGACCAAAGGCAACACACGUGAUGGGUGAGCAAGCACACUUUAGACACAAAUAUUUGUAUAUAAGACAUUAAAAAUGAUACAUUCCAUAUUAUGCACCCCCAGAGUCACAAUUUUCUUUUAUGACAUCAGACAGUUUUCGUUGUUAAAUGAAGCACAAGGGCUUGAGAGUGAUUGGCUCGGUCAGGGAAUUGGAGUGAGACUUUUGUCUUUCGUGUGUUCGUGGCUUGGUGAACUCUCUGUGUGUAAAAAUAGAGCCAUGUUGCCCAGGUGCGGUGUGGGGGCGCCUUGGCAACGUGCCUUAGAUACCAAGUGCAUCAAGGGUGUGUAGUCACCUGCACGUCUCUUUGGUAAGCAAUAGAUUCAGUUGAAACAUGAACAACUCCUUAAAUAUUAUUAUUAUUAGUAAUAUAUUUAUUUUUAUUAUUUAUUUAUAUGCUUAUAUAGCACCUUCCGAAGGGACCCAAGGAAGCUUUGAAAAUGUCCAGCAUAACAACAUCACAUAUUUUAGACACUAGAUUUGUAGAAACUCCAGAACCUCUCAGCUGAAUUGGCAAGAUUGUAGUAAUCUGCCUGAAAUUCCUCUGUCACUACUUGAGUUUAUGUAAAACCUAUAUCUUUUGAACCUGCAUAACUGUCUUCACAGCCACCUUCACAACCUUGUAGUAGGAACCCAACAUAGCUCAAUCAUUUGGACCUAUUCAAGUUAAGUAAUCUUUCCAAAGAUUAAGACUUGCAGAACCUCAUUUAUCUUGUUAGUAUCCAUAUUCACAGUCUUGUUGUGAACAACCACAACCUCUAUCAGCACUAGAAUCUGCAAUAAAUUAUUUGAUAAUCAGGCACAAUUUUGAAUACUCUCUGGAACUUGAUGGAGAGCAGGUAAAGGUGCAUGAGGAUGGGACUGGUGGAUUUCUGUUUAGUUUAGACAGGCCCAAUACUCAUGGACCUUGCUAAGCACCGAGUAUACUGGUCCAUUAUAGUAGUUUAGACCAAAAUAGAUUAGGCGUGAGGGUCUUGGUGACAGAUUCGGUGCCAGUCAAUAAUUUUUUUUAAUAGAAUGACUCGCUGAUGGGUUUAAUGUGGGAUUAGAUUAAUGUACAAUGUAUGUACUACAUAUUCACAAAAUAAUGUCAGGGUGAACCUAAAAUGUACUAAAUCAUUUCAUGCUAGAGUGGUUAAAGAGCUGUCAGGAUUUAAUAUACAAUUACAUGCUGAAAGUUGAUCAAUUUUUAAGAAUGUUAAAAUUAGGUCCAUCUGUAUAGAAUACGGUUCAUUUAAGGUUCAUUCUGAAAUCUUUGCUGUAAAGCAAAUAUAAAUUUUUUUGGGGCGCUGACAACGUUAAAGCGACUGAUUGCGUGCAUGUACUCUUUAUAACCACAAGGUGUCUCUGUUGACUAACAAAGAGGCUUCCUUGGCCCCUCCCUAGUUCAAACGCUUGAGGCUGAUCAGGUGUCUCAUUCCCUCGGUAACAAUGAUGCUCAUGAUUAGAUUCUUCAAGUUGCAAUUUAUUGUGAUAACAUUUGAUAGCCUUGAUGAAUUGAUAUAUUUUUUCUUAAAUUAAUCAACAUUUACUUUAAAAACUAUGUGACACACAGACUUACAACCAUCUUUUUUUUAAUGAACUUAUAUUAAAGUUUAAAAGCAAAAGUUCUUUAGAUGAAAUGAUAAUAUACUAAAUUCAAAAUUCAAAUAUAACAGACAGCUGGACCCUCUUUUGAGAGCCAGUACAAAGGUACCAAAUUUUGAGAAUCAAUGACAAAAAGUUUUGCAUGCUGUCAUUUUGUCCUCUUUCCGGCAGGAGAUGAAGCACAUUCAAAACAAGCACAUUUGUGUGAGCACAAGCAGGAGCCAGGUCUUGCUACUUGAGUGAUUAGCUCCAGCAGCAGGCAAGCUAAAAAUAUACGACCAACCAACCAGCCAGCCAGUCUGCCAUAGUGAAUUAGGUAAAGAAACACAUAUAUCAUGUCAGCUGUUCAUCUUGGCCUGAGGCUGAAAGCACACUGAAGGUGUUUAAAUAUGAUCAUUGUGUCGCUCUGCACAAUAUUCAACAUAUCUUUCCUUCUCACCUUUUUUAAUUGGCGAUUUAAAAAGUAUGUAAGUAAUUUUUCAGAUUUUAAUUUUCUGCUUAGAUCAUUUCCAUGGCCCAUGAAGGACAAUCAUGGUUUAAGCGUCACUGCAAUCUACUUGACAUAUUCUGUCUGACACUGUUUUUCAACUCAUUCAAACAAAAUGAUCAUUCAUACAUUCUUACAUUCAUCUUCUGUACUCCUUACCCUCACGAGUGUAGGAAAUGAUCAGUGUUUUUCGUUUUUUGUUUGCCAAUUGAAAAGUGAAUGUAGACAAUGCUUUUAUUUUCAUUGUGGAUGUUCAAAGGUGAUGCAUCAUUUCUGUUUUUAUCCACCAUAUUUGAAUAGUUUACAACUAUUCUGCACAGUUUCCAUUCUUGGCACAAUUACACCAUAUCGGCUAAGAUGCCAACCCCUAAUUGAUGGAUUGGUUAAGGACUUAUCUCUAUACUUUUACCCAUGCUUAUGCUUAUAACUCCAGGGUUUGUUUGUCUUGUCUGUUGUGUUGUUUGUGAUAUAAAUAUGAAAUGCAUAUCGAGCCAUAUCUAUAGCUUCAAUUGAGCUUUCGCUAAACUACACCCCCACAGACAGCAUGGCCAUUCAAGGAGCUGCACCAAACAGAAACUGAUGCUUUCCAAGUGGUGCUGUUGAAUCAGAUGUCACAUUUCAUGAACUCAUUGCCAGCGCACUGACUGUGAAUGCUCAUGUCUCAGAGCCAUUGAUGGCACUAGAUAUCCAAUCCAUUUUCACUGGGGGCGACAUUUGAUCGCUGCCAGCCCUCCCAGUCAGAUCGGAUUGGAUGUCUAGCCCCGUCAGUAGCAGCCAAUGAGUUCAAUUUGUUAAUGUUUUUGCUAAAAUUUCUUUUUCUUCCCUAAUAUUAACAUGGAUAAUGUUUUUGUGCUGACUUUUUGUCAGGCAACAAUAAGUCAGUACAGUGAACCACUUCUCUAUUCACACUGACUUGACCAUGUUAUUAUAUUAUAUAUUAUAUCUUUUUUUUUCUAACGCCUUAUGAUGCCACAAGAUGCCACCAAAACACCUUUUCCUUAAGGGGCUAUGCUAGCAAAGAAAUAGCUGGCCAUGAACAGCAACACUAACACUAGCAAGAUUUCAAUUAAGGUCGUCAAAGGUCAUAAAAUGUCUGGUUGGAAAGUAGUAAUUGAUGUUUAUACGGGUUGUGAAACAACAUGUCCUUGCACUUCCACUGUGCCCCCCCCUAACCCCCAAAUUAAAUAAUUUGUUGAACGUUUAUUUUUAACUCAUUGGGUACAAUUGACCGCAGAGGUUCUCUGAAAUUGGGGUGCAGGUCUUAGCGAAAGCAAAAAUGUAUCGACUGGGUGUUUCAGUCUUGAUGUGAGCAAAGCAUAGUUCUACUAUUUAUUUUUAGUUAAACUGUAAAUAUCGAUGUACAUUCCGAUUAAUCUACAAUGCGUAUCGGUGUAUACUUGAGCUGUAAAUAAUAAUUGUAUAUUUUCAACUAUUUUUUGGGAUGUACAGUAGUUCGUUUACUGUCGCUUCGCAGCCUGUCCGAGUGCGUGUGUGUGUGUGUGUGCGUGUGGAUUGUACAGUGCAAUGUGUCAAAUACAUGUAUGUUUUUGUGUUGUUGAAGUGUAGUGGGUGUUCACAGGAUGCACACUCAUGGCUUGUAAGUGAUCAUUGUGUUUGGGGUUCACACAAGCAACAAGAAACUUUAUCAGUGGAAUAGAAAGUUUAGAUUUGCUCUCAUUUUGUGGGAGAAUUCAAACUGCAACCUACAAUAAAUGGAAUUUAAAAAAUAUUUGCUUUGAUUUAAUAGUUUGUUUUUGUGGCCUCUCUUAUAGGAUGUAGAUGUAAGACACAGACUUUAGGUGAAGGACUUCCUCAGUGUGUCAAAUAAUACACACAAGUGUGAUGUCACACUUCAACAUUUCGGUUUAUUUAUGGUGGAUUUUUUGAGUAAUGGUUUUAUAAAUGUACUUGUUGUUUCAUGUUAUUGUAAUUCAUUUUGGUUUGUAAAAUGUGUUCAAGGCUAGGAUGUAGUUUAUCCAAUAGCUUUUUUUAUUUCUUGAUUUAAGAAAUGUAUUAAAGCUGGGUUUUUUUUCCAUUCCUGAUAGCUUUAUCAAUGCACCAUAUUCAUGACCUAUUAAUUUAUUGAACUGUUUCAUUAUUAUAUCUGUAUUCAAUUCAAUAAUGGAUUUCACUCACUUUAUACAGUUUUUUUCCGCCAAGGUCCCCUUCUAAUUUCCACCUCCAAUUCAAAUAACACUUUGCCAUAUAUAAAAAUGUUCUAAAAUGUGUAUGAAAGGAACUAUUAAAACUACUGUAAGAAACACAAGGGUUUUCUGGAUCAGGAAUGAUAUUUUACCUUGAAAGUAAAUUGUGUUUUUUUUUUCUUUCUUUCUAUACUUUAACUGUCAAAGAAUAAAAAGGGAGAAAACAACUAGCAGCUGUCGUGGCUGAUCCACCAUAUUACAGACCACCAAUAUAUGUCUGGUCACCAUGGCAACGGCUGUGACGUCAUUCUCCAUAAACGCAGAUGCACCACAAAAAAAUUAGGAGCUGUUAGUUUAAAGCCAGAUUAUUAUAUUAAAUCAGAUUAUUAUUAGGGAGCAUUUUGAUGCAAUAGUACCAUUCAUAAACAUUAAUUAUUGGAUCAAUCUGUUGGAAUUUGGAAAAGGCAUCUUCAACUGCAUCCUAUCAUUUGACAAUUACACUCAGUUAAAUCAUAUUGAAGUCAUGCGUGCUAUAACAAUCUCACCCUCGUGUAGUCAAAGCAAUUGCUAUAAUCUCAGUGUAUGGUUUAAGACUCGCAUCUUCCUGCAGGUUAUAAUAUCAUACAUUAACAAAACAUUUUAAGGGGAAAAUUAUCUGAAUUAAGUUAAUAAUUAAACUAAUGCAUAUCACAGCUAAA